AUGUGCGUAAUGAAUCGGCUUCCUGAUCCUCCCCAGAGUUAUCAGGAGAAGGAAGCCGGCAAGUUGGUGAUGUACACGACUAAUCUGGGCGUGAUCCGAGACACGUAUCACAAGUGCCAAAAGGCAGAAUUCCGCGAACGAACGCAAUCUUCCGUCAUCAAUGUGCCUCUGGUCUACAAAGAAGGCGUUUUACUCGGGGACGCAGAGAAGCUGGAAAAGCUCAAUGAAACCGGAGAACUGAGAAGAUUGCUCAAACCCUUCAAGAGAUCGGAACCGGAAGUGGAGUGCAAAAAGUGCGGAGGCUACCGGAUGUUGCCCUGCGGGGUUUGCAACGGCAGCAAAAAGUCCUCGCAUCGCAACAACUUCACACUGGACUUCAUCGCACUCAAGUGUAUGAAUUGCGACGAGGCAGGACUCGUCAAAUGCGAUUCCUGCAACAAUAAUCAUUGAUCCUGAUCCAUCGUGAAUCAUCAUCAUCAUCGAUCAUAUACUGAGCAAUUCGAAGGGAGAGAAUAAUGUUGGUCGUCGAAGAAAAAGGAAAAAAAAUGUUUGGAAAGCAAAGGUUCCUCUUUUGAACAACGAACCGAGUUUCGCAAGCGAAGAAAACAGCAGGAGCUGCUCGGGUUCGACGACACAUUUUGAGUUCCUGUUUUUUGUGUGUGGGUUCUUUUUUUUUUUGGAAAAAAUUGUUCGAUCGCCAUAAUUUGUAUCCUUUUUGUUUUGUUUUGCUCGUUUUUUGCUUGUGGAUGAAACAUGCGAGCGUUGGUCGAUUUGAAGAGUGGAUUCUUUGUCUAUUUUGUUGAUGCUCGAGGUUGUUGGCAGCAUCCCCAAUAUAUUCUCCAGCUAUUUCCUGGUGAGAUGAUAAAGAAAAAGAAAUGCGAAGAAAAUUGAUUCGUUCUGGAUGAUUAACUCAGCUGUGCUGUUGAAUGGCGGAAUAAAAAUCGGGAC